AUGUUUCGUCUGAGCAUUCUGAUCGCCAUCGGCUUGGCCACUUCGGCUCUCGGGUGGAUUAAGGUUCCCGAUAAUUAUCCUGGACGCAUCGUAGGUGGUCAAGAUGCGGCACCGAACCAGUUUCCGUACCAAGCGUCUUUAAGGGAUGCUAACAUGGGUCAUUUCUGUGGCGGCACGAUUAUCAACAACUGCUAUAUUUUGUCGGCGGCUCACUGUGACCCGGAUGGAACAGAUACGAAAUUUGUAGUGGUGGGUUCAAUUUUACUUGACAAUGGAGGUGCUACACACGAAGUGGUUCGGGUCAUCAACCAUCCGAAUUUCAGUGAUGUUACUGGGGAACACGAUAUCAAUCUGGUGAAAGUGAGCCCCUACAUCACUUAUAACGCGGCGGUGCAGCCGAUGCCGAUUGCUGCACACUAUGCAGAGAGUGGUCCGGCCGUUGUUUCUGGGUGGGGCCACCUUGUGACUGGGGGACCCUCUCCAAAUCAUCUUCAAUUCCUCAACACGGAGAUUAUCUCUUUUGAAGAUUGUUACGAUGCCUACUAUGGAGAUCCACACUCUUUUGAAAUUUUCAACACCACCAUAUGCACCACCAAUCCGGCUGGUCAAGGGGCUUGUCAGGGAGAUUCGGGUGGCCCACUGGUGCACAACGGAGGACUACACGGUGUAGUCUCAUGGGGUUCAAUUGAAUGCGGAGAUGGACGUCCUGACGUUAACACUCGGGUUGCAUUCUAUGUCAGCUGGAUUCUUGCCAAUGCUGUUUAA